CUCUCUGUGGGGAUGGCAGUGAUCCUUUGGGUCCCCCAGGCGCAGGGGGCGUGGGCCUGCGUGCGCUCCUGCCCUCCCAGCUGCGUGUGCACCCCAGAGCGGAGCUGCUCCGUGCGCUGCGACCGCGCCGGGCUGGGCCAGAUCCCCAGUGAGUUCCCCUGCGAGGCCUCCUCCAUCAACCUGGAUAAAAACAGCAUCAAGUUCCUGUCCGAGAGGGCCUUCGGGACGCUGCCUUCCCUCAAGUCCCUGUCGCUGAACCACAACAACAUCUCCUUCAUCACGCCGGGCGCCUUCAAGGGGCUGCCCAGCCUGACGGAGCUGAGGAUGGCCCACAACGAGUACAUCCGCUACCUGCACACCCGCACCUUCACCGCGCUGCGCCGCCUCGUCAGGCUGGACCUGGCCGACUGCAACCUCUUCAACAUCCCCGACAGGAUCUUCAUCGAGCUGCCCGCUCUGCAGGAGCUGUUCUGCUUCCAGAACAACUUCCGAAGGAUCCCAGGCGCCAUCAGGGGCAUGGAGAACUUGACCCAUGUGUACCUGGAGAGGAACAGGAUCGAGGCAGUGGCCUACAACUCCCUGCAGGGCCUGACCAAGCUGAAAUACCUGAAUCUGCAGGACAACAAGAUAAAUGUCAUCCACGAGCGAGCUUUUCAGGGCUGUCAGAGGAUGGAGUACCUGUACCUGAAUGACAACUUGAUCAGUGAGCUUCCAGAAAACUCCUUUGAUGGCCUGAGGCGUCUAAAGAUGCUCAACCUGGGAGGGAAUUUUCUCAGGAACAUUUCCAACACCUGGUUCCGAGACUUGGGGGAGCUGGAGUUCCUCUACCUGGACCGCAACAGGAUCAGCUACAUCGAGGAAGGGGCUUUUGAGAACCUCACCAGCCUGGUGGCUCUGCACUUGAACAGCAACAACCUGACGACGCUGCCCUUCUCCGUGUUCGAGCCCGUGUACUUCCUGGGCCGCCUGUACCUCUUCCGCAACCCCUGGGAGUGCGACUGUCGCCUCGAGUGGCUCAAGGAGUGGAUGGAGAACUACAGGCUGGUCAGGGACAUCCCGUGUGCCUCCCCCUCCUCAGUGGCAGGCGUUGAUCUGACGGACGUGCUCUUUGAGAGGUCUCCCGAAGGUUUCUGCCUGGACCCGGAGGAGCUGAACGUCACGUCCGAGCGGCCGACCCCCAGCGAGGAGCCUUGGUCCACCACAGAGAGCAAGUUCAACAGCCUUAUCUCCAAACUCCUGCUCCAGAUGGGCCUUCCCGAAGAGGUGGCAAACGCCACUGAAGUGUACAGUAACAGCACACAGCUGGACGGACAGACGGAAGGGGUUUCUUCUGGCGUGGGGGAGGACAGAACUGAGGCUGGCUCCUGUUCCUUGUACCUCCCAGCACUUCUGGCAGUGAUUGUUCUGCUGUGCAAAUAGUCCAAGGGCUGGAUGGAGCAGGGGCUCUGCUUGAGUGUAAGACCCUACACCUACUUAGUCAUCAGAGUGGGCCUCUGAUAUGUGAAGGGCUCCAAACUCUUCCAGGCUGGGUUUGUUGGAUCUGGCUCCAGAUUCCCCCGGGAGCUGGUGAGAUCUGGGUCCCACUCUGGGUGACAAACCUGCCCUGUAGCAAAUGGCUACUCACAGGGAGAUGAGCAGCACUAAGGCUGAAUUUUGCCUAGAGAUGUGUGAGGUUCUGCUGGGAAAGGAGGGAUGAGGGGUCUGUCUGUGGGGUGUUUGUUCCAUCGGGCCAGCUUCAGAGAGUAAGAGGCUCCAUGGUGACUCAGCUUCAUGAGAGAAAGAUGAGGCUGCAGAACUGGGGCCCUCUUCGUGUUCUGACAGACGCCCACACUCAUGGCAGAUGCUGCAACAAUGGGAAACAAUUCCUGAUUUCCGCCAGUGGGUGCAGGAGGGAGCAGGGCAGUCCUGGGCAACAUCCUGGGAUGCAGCACUAGGCCUCAUGGAAACAUCCAGGGAACAGGUACAGACCUCAUGGAAACAUCCAGGGAACAUGGACAGGCCUCAUAAAACAUCCAGGAGACAUGUACAGGCCUGAUGGCAACAUCCAGGGAACAUGUACAGGCCUCAUGAAAAUGUCCAGGGAACAUGGACAGGUUUCAUGAAAACAAGGAAAGGGCCCAGGGGGGGCACCUGCCCCAGGCAGAUCUGGGGUGGGCACAGUAUUUUGGCUGUGACCACAAACAGGAGUUUGAUGAUUUCUCCUCCCUGUUAUCCUGGUACUGGUGCAGGAGAAUCAGAUGGACCCAUGUUUGUCCAAACAUUCUUCUCUGAGGCAAAGCUACUUAAACUUAACUUACUUAUUCCCAUAAUCUCAGUGUGUUUAUUUUUUCAGUGAAUAUAUUAUUUCAAGGAAUACAUUUUUUAUUUGUAGAUUGUUUCAGGGCAUGGCUGCAGGGGCAGAGCACAGUGAUGACAAAUGCAACCAGGGCCUAUGAAAUAUUUUGUAUUUUCACCACUAAUAUGUACCACGUAGUGUGUCAUACUAUGCCAUACUGGUAAUUUUCUUUUAUACGGUAUCUUAAGUGUUUUAUCUUUGAAAUCUUCAAUGAAAGCUGCUAAUAUGACCAGAAAAAAUUGUUUUAUGUAUCAAAGCAGAUUAAUAAAAUAAUUUGAUAUUUUACCCACAAAAAUAAAUUAACUGCUCAAACCUAAGUUUUGGGUUUUUUUGAGAUCCUUGAACAACUCUGGUGAUAUUUUUUUGUAGGCUACUCAAAUGGGUGCACAUAAGUGUCCUU